UGGAGACACAGACACACAGGAAUUAAGAGAGAAACAGACACAACUAGAAAAUGGAGCGAAAAACAUUUAUCACUCUUAUUCUCUCAGCUGUCUUCAGUUCAUCUGCAUGUGUUCCACGUCAGUAUCACUUUGUGAAUCAGAAACUGACCUGGACUGAAGCUCAGAGAAACUGCAGAGAGAAUUACACAGAUCUGGCCACCAUUGACAACAUGAACGACAUAGAAGAGCUGCUGAAGAGUGUGAAUGAUGAUCAGAUUGAGCAUGUCUGGAUUGGACUGCAGAAGACUGUCAGUUAUAAAUGGAAAUGGUCUCUGGGUGACCCUGCGUUCUACACAGGAAUUAAUUCACAGUAUCGCAACUGGGCAUCGACUCAACCAAAUUAUGAUGGUGACUGUAGUAACAUGAAUCCUGGAGAAUGGAAUGAUUUUCCUUGUGAUAGCAGCUUAACUUUCAUAUGUUACAAUGGUGAUAAAGGAUACAUCCCUGUACUUCAGCCUAUGACGUGGAGAGCUGCUCAGAUUUACUGCAGAGAGUAUCACACAGAUCUGGUCAGUGUGAGGAACCAGACUGAGAAUCAACAGAUUGAGAAGAUCAGGAAUAAUGCACCAGUCUGGAUCGGUCUGUUCAGAGACUCAUGGGAGUGGUCAGAUCAGAGUAACUCCUCAUUCAGAAACUGGACAAACAUAGGUAAUAAUGGUGGGGGGAAUGACAAAUGUGCAGUGGUUGGGGUCAAAACAGACCAUGGACAAUGGGAUGACAGGCGCUGCGAUGAUAAAUCUCAUUUUGUCUGUUAUGAAGAUAAACUGGUUUUGGUUCAACAGAAUCUGAGCUGGACAGAAGCUCUGAAAUACUGCCAAGAGAAUCAUGUGGAUCUGGUGUCAGUUAACUCUGAACAGAUUCAGAACUGGGUGAUGGAAUUGACUAGAAAAGCCUCCACUGCUAAAGUGUGGUUGGGUCUACGUCAUUCCUGCACUCUGGGCAUCUGGUUCUGGGUGAAUGGAGAGAUCUUGUGUUAUCAGAACUGGGCUGCAGGUAACGGGACAGGGGUGGAAGACUGUAGUGAAGCAGUGCAAGUUGGAGCAGUUCAGUCUGGAGGAGAUCAGCGCUGGGUCAGCCUUCCUCAAACUGACAAACUCAACUUCAUCUGCACCAACUAUGAUGAGUAACAAUGUCUUUGGAUGUGA